UUAAAGUAUGAAAAAGUGAUCUUUUGAAUUCGCCCUGUGAAAGUCUCUGUUAAAAAGAUAAAUUUCAUCAAACCGUUGACUAUGGAAGCCUUACUUUGUUUUAAUAUAAUAUUAUUGGUUUUUUUAUUUUCUAAUAUUUCUUCUGCAACAAUUUACGAUCAACAGAAUAAUCCAAAUGUUUGGUCUGGUCAAUGUCAAAUUGGUAAAUUACAAUCACCUAUUGACCUUAUCGAAAAACAGACUGAGCUUACAAAAUCCGGAGAAUUAACAUUUGAUCUUAAAGAUUAUGAUAAAAGUAUUGGUUUUAUUAAAUUAUACAACGAUGGAAAAACAAUUUACGUUACACUUCUAAAUCAACGUAUUUUACCAACUGUUAAAUUUAAUAAUACAGAAUAUGAAAUGGGACAAUUUCAUUUCCAUUGGCAUGCUUCAGAACAUGCAAUCAAUGGUGUACUAUAUGAUGGUGAAAUUCAUUUAGUUCAUCAGGAUCCAGUUAAUAGAGACAUUUUGGUUUUAGGAGCUCUUCUUAAAAAAACAUUUUAUUCCAACAACAUAAUUAGUCAGAUAUUUCGGAAAAGCUUAAAAACUAUAACAAAAUUUGAGGAAUCAUCUUAUUUGUACAUAAAAUCUAAUUUGAAACAACUCUUAGAUAAUAUUAAUCUAAAAAAAUAUUUAACCUAUGAAGGAUCUUUAACAACACCAGUUUGUGGGGAAGGUGUUAGAUGGAUUGUUUUCCGAGAUUUAAUUAAAGUUGAUAAAAGAAUGAUUGAAGAAUUAAGUAAUCGUUUCGAAGAUAGAAAUGGUGAAAUUUUACGAUACAAUAACCGUGAACUACAAGAUAUAAAUGGAAGAACUAUUUACAAAUCGUAUUUAAGAGCUUUUUAUCUUGGUACUUCUCGAUUAAGAAAUCGAAAUAACUUGUAAAUAACUUCAGUGAGCUAUAAAGAAGAAUGUUAAGAAUAUAUAUGCAUUUUAUACAUAUUGAAAAGAAAUUAA